UUGCAACAGCUGAUUGACAUGUGUCAAUCCGGCUCGGCACUGUAAAUGGGGAAAUAACAAUUCUUCUUCUUCUUUUUCCUUUUUGAUUAUGCUAAAUAAGAAUUGAUAACGUGAAUAGCAGCGACCGACAGCGUCCUGACGGUUAGAUGGAGCUGCGAGGAACGUUCAAUUGCAGUGGGAAAGUGAAUUCCAAUGACUGGCAGCUGAACAAGUCGAGCUUAUUUGUUCAACACGAGAUUAACAGCAUGGUUUUCACCUCACAGGAAAGCCCCUCUUUUUUAGGGCACGUUGUUCUUUUUGGCAGCGUUAUGCCGAGUUCCACUGCCGCUCUGAAUCUCAAACACCUCACCGCUUGCAUAGAAAUGAAACUCAAGCUGUUCGGUCGCUGCAAGAAGAGCGAGAUUCUAAAUGCACGUAAAGAGGACCAGCCAGACUUCUUUUCGGCAAGAAAAAACGUCUGUGACGCCUUGGUUUACAUACGAUCGUACUUUUAUAGCAUCAAAUGGAACACAACCCUGAUUAAAAAUGUCGAAAAUCUAAUCGGAGAAAACUUUGCUGAAUUGUUACUCGUGCUUAAAAAGUACAUCAGAGAACUGAGAAACAUUAAUGACUCCAUAUUUCACUAUGCAGGGUCUAAUCUUGCUGUAGAGCAUGUCCUGCCGCAGUUUCACAUGUAUCAUUUGCACCUCGAGCUAAGAUGGCUUUGGCUGACGCUGAUGGAUGCCAAGGGGUGCCCUGAGAAUUCUUCCACAUUGGAUGACCUGAUGAACGACAAUACAUGUUCCUUGGGCAGCAUGAGCAUUCCUUAUCACAACCCAGAUCUGGAGGUGGCAAUCACCACUGUUGUAGAUGAUCUUAUUUACGUCGCUACAAAAUUAUUUGCAAGGAUUGCCUUGGAAACGAAACAUCAAAACCUCAAGAUCAAGACGCCGUAUAGCUGCACCUGCACACGAGAAUUAUGGCUAAUGCUUCAAAUAUUCAUCGAUGACAUGGCAGUGAAGAGAGGAUCGAAGACAUUCUGGGACUAUGUAAACAUCGGUCUUGAUAUUAGAUUAGGUCCCACAACAGCAGCAACAACAUCUGUAUCGUGGAACAUGAUCCCAGAGGAACAUUUCUUGGAGUGUAAAAAUCCCGAGAUGUUUUCCAUCUGGUUGAUAUACCACUUGACUCUACUCUAUGGAUAUAAUUUGGACGGAGUUUAUACCGGUAUAGCUUCGACAAGGAUUCAUCCAAACCAUGUACAAGUAGAGAAAAUCCUGAAAGUCUACUUGAACAAAGGUGGCAAGGCUGGUGAAAGGGACGAAAUCGACGAAGAACUCCAAGAAAUGAUACCCUUACUGACUGUACUGACUUGCGAAUGGUGGCAGCCGCGCGUUCAGAUAAUUUCUCUGCUCUGGGAUUGUUUUCAUCGGCGAUUGGAUCAGCCGUUUCUUCUACAAGCCACAGGACCAUGGUUUGUUUCCGUAGACAAAAAAGGGCCCAGGGAUAUCCUGAAACAAGUUAAACAGAGAUUAGAUAAUAACACGUGCACAUCAUCUUAUGGAAUGUUUCUUCGAUUGCUGGGUAUAUUUUUGCGGAAGACACGAGUUGAUAUUGAUUCCAAGUGUUGGAAUCAGUUAAAAGGAAGAAUAUAUUCCAAAUUCACGAAAAGUAAGGUAGAAGAAUUUUCUGUUGCUGGACUCUACAAUUUCAUUUCACUGUUCGUGACUCUUGCACUGACAACAAAUACUUCAGAAGUUUGUACUAUGAUGCUGGAUCUUUUGCCUUCGGUACUUACUGAAAACAGAGAUCAACAAAGUAGAAUUAUAGCGUGGAAGGGGGAGCUGGUAGUUUUCCUCUUGUUCGCUGAGCAAAAGAUAAGCUUUGAAAAAAUCUGUGGAAGAUUUUUAAAAGAGGUAGACGAGAUCAGCUGUCGCAAGGAUGAAACCUCGCGCUUCAUGCUAUAUGCGUUCGUAGAUGUGUUGGACGAAAUUUUGACAUCCAGUGAAAGAAUGGAACUUUCUGAGCACUCUUUUAUCGGAGGAUGGAUAGACAGAUAUUUUCUGGAAUCCCCUAGAGCCAAAGUCAAGACGUUGAUCACGGUGCUUAUCAAUGUCUUGAACAAAUGUAUUGAACUGCGAAGUUCGAGCCACGAAACGAUAUCAGCGCAAAGUGGAAUCCGACCAAUGUUAGAAGCCCUGUGGAAGCACGUAGCAAGUAGAGUUAGAACAUUGGUAUUUGACAUGCAAAUAUAUGGUGACGAUUAUCACAUUCUGUCGGAACUUGCAGUGAGAUUUACGGUGGAGGCUUUGAAAGAGCCGGAGACAGCUGCUAGACAUCAACACAAAUUUGUUUCGUUAUUUAAACACUUCGUUUCUUCGCCUAUGAUUAAAGAUGUUAGAAUUAUAAGAUCAUACUUGACCCUGAUUCUACAAGAUGAAUAUGCCGUUCGCGAACUAAGGAAAGAAAUUAAAAACUUCGAUACAAUUGUCAUACAGGCGUGGAUAAAGUGCUGCGUUAUGAAAUCAGACACUGAAAAUACAGAUUUAAAGAAUCUAACUCUUUACCUGAUCAAAACGGAUGAGAUGGCUCAAAUAUUUCAAUCAAACUCUGAGCUAAUUGCUGCUGCAACUAGUAAAGAGCCAAUUAUUCUAUUCAUCAAAACGAUUAUGAAGCGACAGCAAAGUUUGCAGACAGAACAGGAGCGUUUAUGGAUUGCUGGAAAGUGCAGAGAAUAUUUUGCCCAAAUAGACAAAUGGGCGUCACAGCUGAUCACGGAAGAAACCAAAGAGUCCGAAUUAACAUACUGGAUUUACCGAUGCAUCGGAACUCUAAUAUUCUAUUGUGGGCCAAUGCUGUACGUAAAGAGCCAACCGAAUAACCUGCUGGUAGCUCUGAUCAAAAAGUUCGUGUUGCCACCCGAUAAACCUCUGUACAUAAUGAAUAUUGGAAAGAGGAUUUUCUCGUGGAUAAUUUUAGGAAUUGGAAAUUUGAACGUCAGAGGUGACCUCAGUCUUCAAUCGCUGAUAAAAAAUCUGUUUGAAGCUUACUUACCGCAUCUGAUUACCGACACAUGCAAAACUGGGAGUUACAAGAUUUCGGAAAAACUGUCGAACAUUUUUCAUGACAAUAAUGUCGAUUAUUUAAGACUGAUUUUGGACAAACUCGCUGUCAACUUCAUAGUUUGCCGGGACGUUGUGACACACGACCACUGUUAUUUGGUCAUGUUACUCUUGAGGAAUUUAAUUAAUAGUGGAAAGUUGUAUGGACCUCAUAUCAUCGAUACGAUAAUAUCGGUUUGUCUUCCUCAUGUAAUCACGUGUUACAUGAAGGUUCGCGAUCUUCACACACAUAGGCAGCAAACAAUCGAUUUAAUUUCCGAUAUUGUGUCAAAUCCAUACUACAGAGAAAAUCCAAAAAAAAGAGAGGAAAUCAAACUGAUCAUCAUAAACACAGUGCAGAAGUACAUAACAACAUCUCCGAAUAUUUUUUUCGAAUUCAUCACCUCGGUUUGUGACUUAAUUCCGGAAGUCAAGGUGUUUAUUUAUUCUAAAAUUGAAAGAACAAUCGCUGAAUUAGAGGCAAACCGAUAUCCACAUGUCUCAAAUCUGAGGUUUUCUUUGAACAGGGUAAAAGCGCGGACAAAACCGUUGGUAGAAGAUUUCGAUAUGAUUAAGCAUAAAUGAGCUAUAGUUUUAUUGGUCAUAGUAAGAUUAUUGAUAAUUGUCCAAUCGUUGUGACGUUGUAAAUAAGAUUAUCAAAUGUGAAAUAUAUACCUUCAUAUUUUUGAA